CAGCUCUGGCGCAAAUUUUCGACCUGUCAUUUGUGAUUUCGAAGUGUUUCUUUUAACUUCUAGAAGGCUCCAAGUUCAUUUCGCAGAUCAAAAAACUUUGGAAUUAAAAGCAGCACGUUUUUCAAGUGAAAUACUUGGUUCGAUAAAAAUAAAUUGUUUUUAUAAAAACGUUUGUGAUCCAUUAAAGAUAGAAAGCUUUCAAUAACCAAGCAACAUUAGAGAUGGAUAAAGUGAAUGAUCUCAAAGAAAAAGGAAAUCGGGCACUUAAUGCGGACAACUAUGAUGAAGCCAUUGCAGCCUACACGGAAGCUAUUGCUUUAGAUGAUCAGAAUCAUGUGUUGUACAGCAACAGAUCAGCGGCUUACGCAAAAGCUGGAAAAUAUGAAAAAGCUCUGGAGGAUGCAGAGAAAACAAUAGCCCUAAACCCAUCAUGGCCUAAAGGUUAUUCCCGUAAAGGAGCUGCAGCAGCAGGUUUGAAGAACUAUCGGGCCGCUAUGGAAGCAUACGAAGCAGGUUUAAAAUAUGAUCCCCAAAAUGCCGUAUUGCAACAAGGUAUUCAAGAAGUCACUUCCACGGUGUUACAAGCGAUGUCAGGGCGUUUCCCUACGCCCAUGGAUGUGGAUCCCCAUUCUCCACCACCUAAGGCACCGGAGCCCAAAAAUGCUGAGCCUCGAAAGCCGGCGGAACCAAAUGUGGAUGAAAUGAACGAAGAAGAACGCAGAAAGUAUUUCGCUAGGAAGGAGAAGGAAGCUGGCAACGCUGCUUACAAGAAGAAAGAUUUCGAAACGGCACUUAAACAUUACCGAGCAGCAUUGGAACAAGAUCCAACUGAUAUAACCUUUCACAACAAUAUCGCUGCUGUUUAUUUCGAGCGUAAGCAGUACGAUGAAUGCAUAAAAGAAUGUGAGAAAAGCAUUGAAGUUGGCCGAGAAAAUCGCGCAGAUUUUAAAUUAAUAGCGAAAGCCCUGGCUCGCAUCGGUAAUUCAUAUCGCAAAAUGGAUGACUACAAACAGGCGAAAGUGUACUUCGAAAAAGCCAUGUCCGAACAUCGUACACCCGAAAUUAAAACUUCUCUUAGCGAGGUAGAAGCUAAAAUUAAAGAAGAAGAACGACGCGCUUACAUUAAUCCUGAGUUGGCUGAGGUGGAAAAGGAAAAGGGCAAUGAAUUGUUCAAGAAGGGUGACUACAGUGGUGCAGUAAAACAUUACUCGGAGGCAAUCAAACGAAAUCCCGAUGACCCCAAGCUGUACAGCAAUCGCGCGGCAUGUUACACCAAGUUGGCCGCUUUUGAUCUUGGUCUGAAGGACUGUGAAACAUGCAUCCAAUUAGAUGAUAAGUUUAUUAAGGGUUACAUUCGAAAAGGGAAAAUUUUGCAGGGUAUGCAAAAGUCCUCAAAGGCAUCGGCAGCUUAUCUUAAAGCUUUGGAAAUCGAUCCACAAAACGCCGAAGCGCUCGAAGGAUACCGUCAGUGUUCGAUAUCGUAUCAACGCAGCCCUGAAGAUGUGAUGAAGAAUGCACUAGGCGAUCCCGAAGUUCAACAGAUUCUCAAGGAUCCAGCUAUGCGCGUUAUUCUGGAUCAAAUGCAGACUGAUCCCAAGGCGGCUAAAGAUCAUCUGCAAAACCCAGCGAUAGCUGACAAAAUAAUGAAGCUCAUUGAGGCGGGCAUUGUUCAAAUUCACUAAACAACCGAUUUGCCUAGGGGGAAAAUCAUUAAAAACAACGUUAAAACUAACAACUAUAGUUAACCGAGUGCUGAGAUGCAAGUUUUCAAGAAAAUUACACCAACCAAUAAACUACAUAUGCAUUUCCACGUCCUCCUCUUAACAAAAAAUAAAAGCAUACAUAAACUAAAAGCAUUAAAAGAGAAAAUAAAUACAUGAAAGGAAUCAAUCGCCACUUGGCUGGGUUGCUUACGCUUUUCAUAAUUUAACAAAUACAUACUUUUAUAUAAUUCAAAACUACCUGGAAAUAAGCCGUAGAUUUAUUUUUACGUGGCGUGUGGGGCUUUCUUUGAGUUUUCCUACUUUAUAAAAUAUAAGUCUCUAGUUUUAAACUAAGUGAUUGAGAAAAAUUGUAAUUUCUUAUAUUGAAAUGCAAACGAAAUAGUUAUACAUACAUACAUA